GGCCGGGUAUGGGCACCGAGCGCUGCCCUUGGCCUGGCCCUAACCCCAGCUCCAACCCCAUCUCCGACCGUGGCGCCUUUGUAACUUCCCUGCCGCCGCACCACAAAGAGCCAGCCAACCCGAGAGCUGGGACCUCCACCCGAGACCUGGGAGAAGGUGGUGAGCUGAGCAUAGUUGCAGGCAGAUGGCUUCCUCAGAUCCGUCUCCUCAGCCUGCAGUAGGAGACCAGUCAGUUCAGGACAUGCCAGGGACUUCUCCUGAGGCUGAGGAGGAUCCUGGAGAGGCUUUUGAGUUUGACGACAGUGAUGAAGAGGAAGAAGACUCCAGGAUGGGCCCAGAGAAGGAUGGAGAACCCCCACUUAUCCGCUUUGAUGCUGCCCCCAUCACUGAUUCUGCAGCUGCCCAGCCCCAGACAGAGAUCCUGGCUGUGGUGAGCAAUGGGGAAGCCGUGGGAGCCGGGAUUCGGCGGUCCAGCUGGAAGCGGAAGAGCUCUCGCCGAGUUGACCGUUUCACCUUCCCCAUCCUGGAAGAAGAUGUGAUUUAUGAUGACGUGCCCUGCGAGAAUCUGGACUCUCAAAAGCACGGUGGUGAGACGUCACAUCUUACGGUCCAUUGUGCAGAGUGA